AUGGCACCUGUCCUUUUUCCGCCCGAAAUCUUCCAGCAAAUUAUAUCCUAUCUGAUUCACGAUCCCGACCGGGACCAUCCUCUUAGUCAUUAUGCCAGCGUUAGCCGCGUUUGGCAAAACGAGAUUGAGCCGUUGACUUUUGCCCUCCUGCAUCUUGACUUGCAGUCACUCUUACAGCUCAACUCCAUCGUGACGGCACGGCGCCGUGCGUAUGUGCGCCAUAUUCGGCUCCGCGUCAAGCUGCCUAAACCCGAGCCUUGGUCGUGGAAAUACAAGGAGACGGCUGACGAGAAACUACGGAACAACCAGGCAUUCCAAGCAGUGUUGGAGGCAUUUCUGCAGUCUCUGAGCCAGUGGGAUGUGGCCGAGGGGCAUAAAGAUGGUGUCGAGGUCACCUUUUUCGUGCCUUUGCCGCGUAAGGGGCGCGAUCAUCCGCUGGAACAAUGGAGAGUCAGAUAUAUAAAAUCGGUGCUGGAGAUGACUGAUCCUGGGCGAAUUGCGCGACUGCCCUCUGCUGCGACCAUAACUAAACUUGAAAUACCCGAUGAUCCAGAUCGAGAGAGACUAAUCUCUGUGGUGGCCGUUUGUGCUUUGUUAGCGAAGCUACCAGCAGCAACAGAAAAGGUGAGGCUCUAUUGGUGGAAAGCGGAUAGAUUUGCAAGAAUGCGAAAUGAUCUUGCAGAUGCUUUGUCCCAAAUCAGCCAUCCAAUCGAUGACUUUGACUUGCGCGACUCGUACGGUGGCGGUAAUAACCAGACUCCAACUGCGGCUACUGAGGUGUUGAUGUUGAGAGAAGGGGAAGAAGAUAGACUUUCAAAGUCCUUACACGUCGUAUCUCAACGCGUUACAGAUUUCGGCGUUAGAAGGAUUCCAGUCAGUGAUGAAAUACUCUUUCCUCGAACGCUCCCUGCGAGUUUGGCAGAGCCGCGAUGGGACCGACUCGUCUACUUCGGCUUGUAUUACCAGCCAUAUGAUCCCUGGGGUGAACCACUCUUUCUUCCCGACCCAAAUGCGGAUGACUCUAUUUCUUUGGAUGGGAGUGAGGCCUCAUUUUGGGCCACCUCCAGUACACCAAGUGCCGAGACAGAGAGGUCGUCGCUCACCCUGGAUAUUGCAACUCCAGCCAUACAGCGGCUUUACCUCGCUGCAGCACGCGCGGCCUUGCAGAUGCCCGUACUAAAAGAAAUGGAACUCGUGGCAGAGCUGGAGCCAUAUGAAUAUUGGCAUGGAUUUCGGUAUUUCGUACAUCAAGGUUCAGCAACGGCGACUUGGACCAGCAGCUCCGGGUUUGUCCCAGAAGAUGAAGUAUUAGAACACUGGCACAAGGUGCCAAAGAAGAAUCUGCAAUUGGAGCUCAAUGUUGUGAUUACAGACGAUAGGAGGGCGGUAUGA